UGCGCAAUUAAGUCGUGUUUCAUCCUUGGUCGUGUGUUGUGUGCCAAUUUUUAAAUUACUGGAAAGUGGUAAAAUGGGAAACCAUAAGAGCCAGGACCAAAUUAUUCUUCUGAUCCAAUUUAUGGAAGAAAACCCAGAUUUAGCUAAGGGAUUUUCAAAACGGGAUAAGUCCCUCGUAAGCUCGUUGUGGCAGGAAUUGACCGAUACGUUAAACGCCGCAGGUCCACCAACAAAAGAUGUAAAUGGGUGGAAAAAAGUAUGGACUGAGUGCAAAAGCGAAGUUAAGAAGAAAUUGGCACACAAUACAAGUGAAUCGCGAGCAACUGGUGGUGGACCUUUCACAAAACAUACAUUGACCGAAUCAGACGAAGCCAUUGUCCGAAUAUGUGGAAUGACGCGGGCGGUAGAGGGCGUGCCGGGGGUAUCAUUAGGUCAGAUCCUUGAGCCAGGCGAUGAACUUAGCGGCGACAUUCCUACGACAUCGUCAAAGAGGAGGGCCGAGACUCCACACGUUCCCAACACUCCAAAGAAACUUAAGCCGGAAGUUUCGCAGCGGCUGACAUCAUUUUUAGAUGAGGACACUGAAAACAAAAAAGGCUUAAAUAGUAUGAUAGGUGAACUAAUAAAAGUAGAAAAGGAAAACGCUAGCAAUAAAAGAAGAGUAUAUAAAGCAAUAGAAAAAGGUACUGAAUCGUUUCAAAGGACAGCAACAGAAUUUAAAAAUGAACUGCGUAACAAUUUCGCGUAA